CAAUGUUUUGUGUAGGACCACAAAUAUGGCGGCGCACUGUACGCGAACAUGACACCUUCAAUACAUCUUGUAUUCUGCCGAAAUACAACGAAUAAUCUGGUAUUGGGGUAAAAGUCAUGGGUGUAGUGAGACAUGUCGUGUGUGCCAUGUCUGGUGGGGUGGACAGCUCUGUCGCUGCUCUUUUACUCAAGCGAAGAGGUUACCAGGUUACAGGAGUUUUCAUGAAGAACUGGGAUUCUCUGGAUGAGAGCGGAGUGUGCACCUCAGAGAGAGACUGUGAAGAUGCCUAUAAAGUGUGCCGGAUGCUGGAUAUGCCUUUCCAUCAGGUCUCCUAUGUCAAAGAGUACUGGCAUGAAGUGUUUAGUAAUCUUCUUGGGGAGUACCAGAAAGGCAGGACACCAAAUCCAGACAUAUUGUGCAACAAACAUAUCAAAUUCAAGCACUUCUAUCAGUAUGCAGUCAAUAUAUUAGGUGCUGAUGCCAUGGCAACCGGUCACUAUGCAAGAACAUCUCAGGAAGAUGAGGAGGUUUUCCAGCAAACUCAUAAACCAACUCCAGAGUUUCUCUUCCACGAUCGGUUUGAGAUCAGAAAUACUGUGAGGCUGUACCAAGGUGCUGAUCGUCUUAAAGACCAGACCUUCUUCCUCAGCCAAAUCUCACAGGAAGCCCUCCGGCGGACAAUCUUCCCUCUGGCUGGACUCACGAAAGAAUUUGUAAAGAAAAUGGCAGCCGAGGCACGGUUCCAUCAUGUACUGAAGAAGAAGGAGAGCAUGGGAAUCUGCUUCAUUGGUGAGCGACAUUUUGAGGACUUUAUCCUCCAGUAUUUAGAGCCUAAACCUGGACAUUUUGUCUCCAUUGAAGAUGGGAAGAUGAUGGGAGAGCAUAAAGGUUGGUUCACGUUUACUUUAGGACAAAGAGCACGGAUAGGAGGCCAAAAAGAUCCCUGGUUUGUUGUGGAUAAAGACAUCACGACUGGUGAAAUAUUUAUUGGUCCUACAACCAACCACCCUGCACUGUUACGAGACACACUACAGACUAAUCGCUUCCACUGGAUAAUUGGAGAGCCUCCUGCUGAAUUGGUGCACACACAGAUGAUGGAGUGUCACUUCAGGUUCAUUCACCAGAUGCCUUUAACUCCCUGCAGCGUGACUCUGAAUGUGGAUGGAUCAGUCUGGAUAAUGACAAAGCAGCCCUUGAGAGCAAUGACCCCUGGACAGUUUGCUGUGCUGUAUAAGGGUGAUGAGUGUCUAGGCAGUGGGAAGAUUAUUCGACUGGGCCCCAGUGAGCACACACUCCAGAGAGGCCGCAAUCGGCAACCACCAGGGGCAGCUGUCUGAAAUGAGUCACGCCAAAUCAGCACAUGAACUUAUGUACACUCACAUGCUACCUCUCAGUGCAUUCGCACCCAUGUCUGAAGAGGAGCACAAAUAAAUGGACAAAUUCAGUAUUUUAUACUUGCUGCAAAAGAAUUGCAAAGACGCUUUUUGUCACGUUGAAUCAUUUUAAUGAUGGAAUUUACUCAGAAUGCUGUAGUAUGCCGUGUGUAUAAAAUUAAUUGUACUGCUUGUCAUAUAUGAAACAAAUCUAUUUAAUUUAUGUUCUGGCAUAAAAUGGCUACUGUUCUAUCUGUCGUAUGUGAAAGCCUAUUUGAAUUGAAAUUCAUUAAAAUGGAUUUUUGUA